AUGCACAUACGCGACGCGCGCCGCUUCAGCGUCGGCGACCGCGUCGCGUGCGCCGUCGAGGAUGAGAGCAACGACUACUCCGCUUGGGCGGCGGGCACCGUGCUCGCCGUCGACCACAGCGUCGCAGAGGACGCGGCGGCGCUGGUGCCGGGCCGGGAGUGGGGCGGCGCGGCGGGCUGUGUCCCGUACCAGGUCGGCCUCGACGCGGGCGGCAAGGUGCUCGCGCACCGCGACGAGCACUGGCUGGUCCGCGACUUGGCGCUGCAGCCCGAGGGGCCGCGCGCGGUCGACCACCACACGCGCAAGAGACGCGCGUGCGCGGCGCCCGACUCGGAGGAAGACGACGAGUGAGGAAAGGGCCAUGACCUGUCGUAUGUCGGGAACGCCGGGUGCGGCGCCCCUCAGGUGACGAGUUCUCGCCGCGGCAUUCGAGGCCCGCCGCCGAUGAGGAUGACACCCGGGCGCACGUCGCGCGAUCGCGAUGGACUACUUGUGCCAUCGGCGCCACGCGGUCGAUUAUAUUAAAUUAAAUGAUUAUAGCCCUUUCAUGGUAACGCGCCGCGCGCGCGCGCGGGGCUAUGCGUCCUGCGUGAACCUCUUUUAGAGCUUAGACCUUAGUUUUUUCGUUUUUAGCAUCUCGACGAUUCUU